GCGCUACCUUAUCCAACACAAGGCCACAUAAACCCGAUGCUCCAAUUCUCUAAGCGAUUGGCCUCCAAAGGGGUUAAAGCUACACUUGCCACCACCGUCUUCAUCUACAACUCCAUGCAGCCCCCAUCAUCGGAAUCCGUCCAGUUUGACACAAUCUCCGACGGCCACGACGAAGGCGGCUUUGCCCAAGCCGAGAGCAUCCCCUCCUAUCUCGCUCGAAUGGAAGCCAUCGGCUCUAAAACGUUAGCCGACAUCAUUAUAAAGAACAAAGACACUGCACACCCGGUUGAUUGCAUAAUAUAUGAUCCCUUUUUGCCUUGGGCUUUGGAGGUAGCCAAAAAGUUUGGCUUAGUUGGAGCCGCUUUCUUCACUCAAACUUGUGCUGUUAAUCUCAUAUACUAUUAUGUGCAUCAUGGAUUACUUAAGCUCCCGAUUUCUUCCACGCCCAUCUCUAUUCCUGGUCUGCCGCCGCUUGAGCUUCAAGACAUGCCAUCUUUUGUUAGUGUGUCUGGCUCGUAUCCAGCUUACUUUGAGAUGGUGCUAAAUCAAUUUUCUAACACCGACAAAGCUGAUUGGGUUCUUGUCAAUACCUUCUACAAGCUCGAGGUUGAGGUUGUGGAUUCAAUGUCGAAAGUGUGUCCAUUAUUGACAAUUGGCCCAACAAUUCCAUCUAUCUACUUGGACAACCGUGUGGAAAACGACAAUGACUAUGGGCUUAACCUUUUCACAAUAGACGACUUGUCAGUUUGCACUGAUUGGCUCAACACUAAGCCAGCAGGAUCUGUUGUUUAUGUGUCGUUUGGCAGCCUCGCCCAUUUAAGCAACAAGCAAAUGGAGGAGUUGGCGUUUGGUUUAAAGGGAAGCAAUUUCUAUUUCUUGUGGGUGGUUAAAGCUUCGGAGGGGGAAAAGCUCCCGGAAAAUUUUGUGGAAGAGAUGGGCCAUAAGGGGUUGGUGGUGAAAUGGAGCCCCCAAGUAGAAGUGCUAUCGAGUAAGGGCGUUGGGUGCUUUUUUACGCACGGCGGGUGGAAUUCAACCCUUGAGGCAUUGUGCUUGGGAGUGCCGAUGGUGGUGAUGCCACAAUGGACGGAUCAACCCACAAAUGCCAAGUUUGUUGAGGAUGUGUGGAAGGUGGGAGUUAGGGUUGAGGUGGAUGAGAAUGGCGUUGUGGGGAGAGAAGAGAUUGAGUCAUGCAUUAGGAAAGUAAUGGAGGGAGAGAGAGGAAAAGAAAUGAAAGAGAAUGCUAAGAAAUGGAGUAAUUUGGCUAUUGAGGCAGUGAGUGAGGAUGGCACUUCCGACAAGAACAUUGAGGAAUUUGUAUCUAAAUUGAUCAAAGCAAGCCCAAUGGUGUGAUCCAUUUUUAGAAUAAAACCAUUUGGCAUUUUCCAAAAUAAGUCCAGCAGUUUUAUAACUAUUAUAAAUUUCUAGGAGCUAUAUAUAUUAAUUCAGUAAAGUUAGCAUGAUGUUUUGAGUUAGAACUUUCAUCAUGGCUUAUAUAGGUGUAUGCUUGGAAUGUUAGUUAUUAAACACUAUCUAUUAAGGUUUUGAGCU